AUGUCGUUCAAUCGUGAGGGAAAGGAAAGUUUCAGCCGCUAUAGGGUGGUUAAGUCCUUACAGGAUAGUGAAGUCCUUGAAGAAAACGGCGUUAAAGAGGCUCGUGUGGUGUCAGAGUUGGGAAAGAGUGAUGAUGCACGAGUUCAACUGAUUGGUUUCGUUCUGGGGACGGUGGGGUUUGGCAUCGGAAUCCGGCUGGGGCAACUGUCGCCGGGAGUGGAGUACAGGCUUCACCGGAAGCUUGGAAUCGGAGUGUUCUGCUUAGGGGCGUUGCAGACUCUGGCACUGUUGUUUAGGCCAAACACAAGGAACAAGUUCAGAAAGUACUGGAAAUCGUACCACCACUUUGUAGGGUACUCGUGUGUGGUGCUUGGGUUUGUGAAUGUCUUUCAAGGAUUUGAGGUGAUGGGUGCAAGUAGGUCCUACGCCAAGUUGACCUAUUGCCUAGGACUCUCUACUCUCAUUGGCCUUUGCAUUGCUUUGGAGGUCAAUUCUUGGGUCGUUUUCUGCAGAAAAUCCAAGGAAGAUAAGAUGAGGAGAGAAGGGUUCAUUUCAACUUCUCACAAAGGAACUUCAUCUGCCAUUCACAAUUAACGUUACUAUUUCAUUUCAACUUUUUACUCAAUUUUUUGUAUCCAAAU